GCUGCAAAGCCCUCACCAGCCCCAGCGCCGCCGCCGGCUGCCCGGCACCAGGGGCGGGCUCUGCUCCUGCCCGCCCCCGCCGGGCCAUGCCCCAUCCUCUCCCUGCACCUGCCUCCCCCCGCGCCCCGGGAGCUGCCGGCGAGUCGGGGCGCGGAGCCGGAGCCCGCCAUGGGCCGCCUGCGCUGCAUCAAGUUCCUGCUCUUCGCCUUCAACUUCGUCUUCUGGGUCAGUGGGGCCGGGCCGGGCCGGGCCGGGCCGGGGCGCCCGGGAGCCGCGCUGCGGGCAAGGGGCUGCUCCGCGCGCCCCGGAUGGCCACAGCAGGCUGGGACCGGGGGGAGCUGGGGGACCGGGGUCUCUGUGGGGCGGGAGCUGGGAGGAGUCUGCAGGGCUCGCUUGUCAUGCUGCUGUGCCACCCUCACCCUGCGGGCAGGACUGGCACCCACAUCUGCUUCUCACAAUCCCCCUGAGCCGCGGAACCCCUUUCCGAGCUGCUCCCCGCCCCCCAGCACCCACUUCUCCAGGGACACCCACAAGCCAUCGGCCAGGCGGGGAGGGGAGCACUGGGGGGCGCCCUCCGGAGCCUGCUGGAUCGCUGACCUCCAGCUGGCAGGGUUGGCUGUCAUUGCCUUUGGACUAUGGCUGCGAUUUGGUGGGGUCCUGAGAGACUUAACUUCAGAGGAAAAAUCCCCAGAGUACUUCUACAUGGGGCUGUAUGUGCUGGUGGGAGCAGGGGCGUUGAUGAUGACAGUUGGAUUUUUUGGGUGCUGUGGAGCAGUGCGGGAGUCUCAGUGCCUGCUUGGAGCGUUUUUUGCCUGCUUGCUGGUGAUAUUUGCUGCUGAAGUCACCGCUGGAGUGUUUGCAUUCAUAGGCAAAAAAGCGGCAGUACAGGAGGUCCAGACCAUCUAUGAAGAAGCUUAUAAAGACUAUGUGUUGGACAUGGGGAAGAGUAACAAAACUCUCAUUCAGUUCCACACAGCUCUUCAAUGCUGUGGUAAAGAAAGUGAGGUUCAGGUGAAGCCCACCUGUCCAGAGGGCAUCCAGGUGCCCAAGAACUGCCUGGAUGAAAUCCAGAAUUUAAUUAACUCGAAUCUGCAUUUAGUUGGAAUCGUUGGAAUUGGAAUUGCUGGCAUCACAAUCUUUGGCAUGAUAUUCAGCAUGGUUCUCUGCUGUGCUAUCCGCAAUACAAGGGACAUGCUCUAAAACUCACUGCACAAUUUCUAUGCUCCGGGACUUCCAGACUAAACUUUACAAGAUGCAUUCUCAGAGUUUAAUAAUUGUAAUACAUUUUUGAUUAGUGUUUUAACCAACUGAGAGGAAAAGGCCCCAUUUGGUGAGUGUGAAUUGCAUUAAUUGUGUUCAAACUUUUAAGUCAGAAAACUGAAAUGAGUAAAAUGAGGGUUUAAAAUGUACUUUCCUAAAAUGAAAAGGCAAAGGUGGUACCUAAAAUUAAUUUGUUUUUAAAUAUCUUUGCAUAUAUAUGGCUGAGUGCUUGCGCAUCUAUAUACACUGGAUAAGCACCUGCCUGUCUCCACGUACGGAUCUGCAAGAGUGCACAAGUACAGAUAUCUGUAUAUAUAGUACAUUGUGUGGGUGAAUGCAUGCAUAUGACAUAUGUUGUGUGGGCACGUGUUUGCAUGCACAUUCCUGCAGUGUCCCCACUAUGUGAGAGUGUGCAUAAAGCCCUGGCAUAUAUACAGGUUGAAACCCUUUCAUAGUGAACCCCUGUUGGCUAAUAAUCAGUGUAGGAGCAACUGCCAUUUUUAAAAUAAAACCUUUAAUGUAGUUUUUAUCCACUAAUCCCAAAAUUAAAAGGAAAUACAAUUAAUAAAUAGGAUUUAUUCAAAUGAGUUGAUAUCUAAGGGCCUGUUCCUGGAAGUAUGUACUCUAUGUGAGUAGUCCUGUUGACUUCAGUGUCACAUGUAGAAGUGUUGGUAGGAUUGGGCCCUACAUCUGAACAAAGAAGGAUUCUUGGGGAGUCCUAGGACCAGGCGAAAGGGGGAGGGUUAAGAGAGAGAUGGGAGGCUGAUGGGCAAUGCAGAGUCAGUUAUACCAGGAUAAAGCGUGCCUUGGCUUCGCAACCCAGUCUGCGUGACAAAAUCACGGUUAUGCAUUUGAAAGUCUCUAAAAUCCUAUUAAUUUUUAAAGCGGAGAUUUCAAAAGAAAGGGCGGAAGAGAGCUGAAGCUGACAGUCCCACACUGGGAGCAGCUAGCAUGGAUUUAUACUUGUACAAAGCCCAAAUGACCCCAGCAGAACCCCACACAGCACAGAGGCUCGUGCAGGAUUGAAGCCUUUAUCCAGAAAAGCAGCAGAGUUGUGGGAGAUCUUGUGCCCAAAGACUCUGGCUAGCCGUGCUGUAGGGGACAAAUAAAUUGUGAAGACUGUUAGGGAGAAACAAAAGUGGCACUUUAAUACCUUCAUUUCUUCCUCUGCUCUGAACUACUGCGACUAUCACCAUUUCAGCAGGGCUUUUACCUCAAAUCUCUCGCCCUCUCCUUUGGGUAUAAGGGCAGGAAGUAAAGGCAACACAUUUUUACAGAGUCAUAAAGAGUCAUUUUCUUAUUGGCAAUUAUGCUUUGCGGGUAAGAGAUGUAAGAAUUACACUGUAUCCUUGAAAUACCUCAGGGCUUGAGUUUACACAGCUUGCUUCCAUAUUUUUAUUUUUCUUAUUUAUUCACAGUAGAAUGUUCCUUUUAAAACAUUCGACAGCCUGGAAGUAUUCUCCCCACAAAGGGAAAAUAAAGUACAUGAGAGACUAAGAGUCUUAUAUUUUUGGCUCAUUUCAUUUGGGAAAGCAGUCUCUUUCUCCCCCCUCCCGCCCCCUAAAUGUUUCAGAAAGGGGGCUGUGCUAGAGAUGUGCAUGAACUCAUGUAGUAACCCUGCCUCUCUGCAUAUCCUGUCCAGCUUUCUAAUGCAAUUGUGAUUUGGUUUUCCUGGGUUCCAAAUUAGAGAGUAAGUAUAAUGGAGAAGGGCUCGUCUCGACUGAUGUCUUAAUAAAAUGAUCCCUGCUCUCCAAAAAUCUAGUGCAGUCACUGUAAUAGAGUCUUUGCUCCAUUUAAACAUACUGGAAGAAUAUAGGACUUCAGGAAAUAUUUCCUAUAUCAGGACAUUAAUUCAAGCACUGUGUGAAUCCAAGUGCAUGGGUUUGUAUGUAAUACAAAUACCCCAGAGUAUGCAGCCCUCAUAUGUAAUACAAAUACCCGAGUGUGCAGCCCUCACGGUCCCAAGGAACCUCAUAUUUAUACCACCUCAAGCUUAUUUUGGUGCUGGAAAUCAUUCUACUGUUAUACCUUUUCUACAAUUCAUUUAAUAAUAUUUGAGUGUCAGACCUGCCUGUCCUUUACAUUUGCCAUUUGUAAUUUCUCACGAGCAGCAUUUGAAUGGCCAUUGAUAUCCUAAGGCAGCUGUGUUCUACUAAAAGUAAAGCAGCUGGGUAUGCAACACACUGCCAUGCCAGGAAUUUCUGGGCUUAGCCUCAGGCUCCCCAAGCCAACAUGGAGACAGUGUGGCUGGCUCCAAGGAAGAGAGUUAGGUUUGCAUCCUUCUGCAGUGACCUCACUGGAGGAGAGUCUUGUGGACACACCUUGUGUAAAGGUAGGGGCUGAGGAGGUUACUGCACUAGCCUAAGAACUUCAGAACUUCAGGGCCUGACAAAAUAGUUCACUUUUAGGAGAGAGUAUGAGUCUCUCGACAAGGCAUAGAGCCCUGUGGCAGUUCAGUGGAGCUGGGGAAUACCCCAUAAAGAGAAGGCUGGCAAAAAAUACACAUAGCUAUACAGAAGCAGUUGUCUUAGCCUUUGCCAGUCAAAUGAAAGGGUCUUUGCAGACCAGCAGGCUGUAAAUAACACAACUAGACAGACAUGAUGGCAUCAGUGAUCUUUUAUUAACUAAGACCUAACUUUUGUGAAAGACGAGUCUGUACAUUGCUGGCCUCGCCGGUUCUCCUGGUCUGGAUAGUACAGAUAACUGUAAUGCUCACUGCAUCCCAUGUGGGAGGGCAUUUACUGUACACACAGAUCCAUCUCUCUCAUGCACACUCUAGAAUGAAUAUUUUUUUAAAACACACACAAACACCCUUGCCACUUUUUUAAAAAUUACUGAAUCUUGUUUGGCACUAGAACAGGAAUAAAUAGCCAGAGUUUGCUUCCUUUUUCACUUACAGCAACAUGGAGUCAGUCUGGAGGUGCCCACUUCUGCUUUUGAGAUGCACCAGUACACGAACUGGUGCUUGCAGAAAACUUUUUGCUUGUUUACCUCUAAGUGCCUUUUAGAAACAGAGAAGAGUGCCAGUAAGAAAAAUAUUUCAAUAAAUUCAGACUUGAAUCACCUUGCUUUCUAAUGAAAUAGUUUUUUUCUAUACAGUGCUUUCAUAUUUAUAUACAUAACAGUUAUGUGUACUCUGGGUUCUCAUGCUAUCCAGGAAUAUUGGAUGCACUUUGUACUGAAGAUCAGGAAUAUAAUGGUACCAGUUAUUGGUUUAAUUCUCUGGAUUAUUAUUGUGCAUCAGGCCAGGAAGCAGCAUAUUUAAAAUGUCUAUCAGGGCCUUUAACAAAGUGUGGCCUUCCCAUCUCGCUAUUUCAUGCUGUUGUUUUGUAGACAGUAUAUUACUGCAUUAGUAACAGUUUCCUCUAUCCUGUAUUAGCAUUUGAAGGACAUUUUACUCUGAUCCAGUGGUUACUAGCAAUAGAAGGUGAAAUUACUAUCUUAUUCUUGCCGGCCCUUAUAAUUAUUAUUAGGAUUCUUCUGUAGUGCUUUACAAGCAAUAACUAAUUAGACCCUUCCUUGGCAUUUCUGUGGCUAGACUGAGCAAUCCUGUUUAUAGUACAGUUGUGGUUGAGCUAUAAAUCCUACCCUGACAUCUGGGAAGAAAAAUACUCUCGGUUUCUGUGGAAAUAUGCCCCAUUCGUUGUGCUGCUUCCCCUUUGGUUUAAAUCUGGCACUCUCAUUUUAUUUCCAAACUCUGCACUUCUGCCAGAUGGCACAGCACUCUUCCCAACAUGCUCCAUCUGGCUACAAUAAGGAAACUUUCUAUGGCAUCUGAAUCAAAACUACCCAAAAAUAUAGACUGUGCUAGAAAAUCAGCACAUCAGGAUUGAAUUCAUUCAACCCAAUUCUGUCCUCAGAUACGUACGUGCACGAGAACAUCCAAUGCACCGAUCAGCUCAGGGCUCCCUCUAGACCAGUAUCUCACAGUGGCUAGUACCAGCUGCUUCCAAAGAAGUUGCCAGAAACAUCUGUAGCAAGCAGCAGCCUGUAGGGGAAGUUCCUUCCUAUUCCCAUCAAUUGGCUUAUUAUUCUCAUUAUUCAUAUAAUUGUCUAACCUCUUUUUAAUUGUACUGAGCUCCUGAAAUUCUCAUUGACCUCUGUAGGAGCCAUAUGUGCCUAUUUGAGGGCAGAAUUUGACUAGUUUUGGUAGCCUUCCGCGGCCAAGCAGGACCUGAGUGAAGUAGAUCCCUGGAAUAUCCAUGCAACAAAGAAUUGUGUUUCAUUUCCAGUUGUCCCACUGAAAACAAGUGGGAUUGUUUUCAUGGCAAAAUAUAUUCCAUCCCUACUGAAAAAGAAACAGAGCUGUUAUCUGAACCCUUUUAAACCCACUUUUUGUGGCCUUUGGGAGACUAACUCCUUUAAAUUUUUUGUUUCAUGUUCUCUAUGUAUAUAAAUCUCCCCACUGUAUUUUCCACUGAAUGCAUCCGAUGAAGUGAGCUGUAGCUCACGAAAGCUUAUGCUCAAAUAAAUUUGUGAGUCUCUAAGGUGCCACAAGUACACCUUUUCUUUUUGCGAAUACAGACUAACACGGCUGCUACUCUGAAACCUAUUCUUAUUAAAUGUACAUUAUAAACACAGCUCACCGUCAAAUCCUUUCCCCUUCUGUGUUGGCGAAUUACGAUGCUCGUGUCUUUACCUCCCUGCGAGACCAGGAUUGUCUCUUUUACAUUGCCUGAGACAUGCAUUUCCAAUACUGAAUGCUUGUUCCUGUAUUCCAAGUACUAACAUUAGGCAGGACUGGGACAUCAUGUUAUUAUUAUAGGGCCUGUGAGAGCAAGAGCAUUUGUCUAUAUGAAAGUUUCCCUGAGUUGUAAAUGUUGGUCAGGUGAUUGUGCUGUUGCUGAAACUAGUUUUCAUUUGGCAUGUUCUGAACUGGCUUUUAUCGACUUUGCUGUACUGAAUUUAAAGAUUCUAAUAAAAAAUAACCUGAAAUAAAAGAGAAGUGCAGGAAACAA